UUGAUUGUGAGCAAGCGGGAUUGCUUUACGGGGCUGAUGGGCAUGGACCUGCACAAGGCUCUCCAACUUCUACCGCUUUUCACCUGCUUUCUCUCGUGCUCACUGCCGUGGCAGGCUUUCUGCACAACUCACUUCCAUGAUUUUGUGGUGGCUCCGACCUCAUUUACAAGGCUGUGUGAGGCCAGGGAAGUUCUCGCGAUCAACGGUCAGCUCCCAGGGCCAACCUUAUACGUACAGAGGGGCGAUAACUUGUUCGUGAAUGUACACAACCACGCCCCAUAUCCCAUCACUAUCCACUGGCAUGGGCUGUUGAACCCUAGGAACCCAUGGUUCGAUGGGCCUGAAUACAUCACCAUGUGUGGUGUUCCACCAGGAUCUAAUUUCACCCACCAAUUUCAUUUCACCACAGAGGAAGGGACCAUUUGGUAUCAUGCUCACAGCGACUGGACCCGCUGGUCUGUCUACGGUGCGGUGGUUGUCUACCCUAGGCUUGGUACCACUUAUCCCUUCCCUAACCCGUACAAGGAAUAUGUGGUCAUCUUGGGUGAAUGGUGGAGUGCCAAUGUUAUGGACAUGUAUCAAGAAAAAAUAUCUACAGGUGCAGACUUCAACAAAUCUGAUGCAUAUAUGAUAAAUGGGCAGCCAGGUGAUCGAUACGAAUGCUCAGAAUCAGAAACAACUCGUUUCUUAUUCCAACAAGGCAAGACAUAUCUUAUUCGUCUAGUCAAUGGUGCAAUGACGAAUGCACUUUUCUUUGCAAUUGCAAAUCAUACACUUAGGAUUGUUGGUAGAGAUGGGUCAUAUCUUAAGCCUUUUGAUAGUGAAUCUGCUGUGAUAUCCCCAGGACAAACAAUGGAUAUUAUCGUACAUGCCAACCAACCUAAAGGUCUUUAUUAUAUAGCUUCUAGUGCUUACAUUGUCGAUGAUGCACUGAAACUUUCUAACAACAUAACUACAGCAAUAGUUGAGUAUGAUGGAUUCAACACCUCACAAACCACACCUUCCUUUCCAUAUCUACCAUCAAUCAAUGACAUGCAUGCAUCAUAUGAAUUCUCUAAGCGAGAAAGGAGCCUAGCAUCAGAAGAUCACCCUGUUGAUGUCCCAUUGGACAUUGACAGAAGAUUGUUCUUAACUUUGUCAAUCAAUCUUGGGCUUUGCCCAAAUAACAGCUGUGGGAAUAUCAAUGGGACAAGAUCUGCUUCUAGUGUAAACAAUAUAUCAUUUGUGAGCCCAUCAAUUGAUAUUUUAGAGGCCUACUAUGGAAAUAUUAAGAAUGUCUACACAACAGAUUUUCCAAGCUUUCCACCAGUUCUUUUCAAUUUUACAUCAGAUGAUUAUCCAUCAGAGUUCUAUUAUCCAGAAAUGGGAACAAAAGUGUUGACGUUGAACUAUAAUGAGUCAAUAGAGCUCGUUUUUCAAGCAACUAGCAUACUAAGAUCAGAUGCUCAUCCCAUGCAUUUGCAUGGAUAUGACUUUUAUGUGGUUGGCCGAGGCUAUGGGAACUUUGAUCCAGAGAAGGACCCAUUGAAUUAUAAUUUGGUUGAUCCUCCUUUGGAAAACACAAUUGCAGUUCCAUAUUUAGGAUGGUCGGCUUUGCGUUUCAGAGCAAAUAAUCCAGGUGUUUGGCUUCUACAUUGCCACUUUGAACGACAUUUUACGUGGGGAAUGACGGCAAUAUUUAUAGUGAAAGAUGGUCCAACGAAUGAAACAAGCAUGGUCCCUCCUCCAUCAUACAUGCCUAAAUGCUCAGACAAAAUUAUUGGACCAGGAACCACCUAUGACACGUUAGACCCAUUUGAUAAGUGAAUAACAUAGACAUGGCAAUAUAAUAAUACAUUGCUUGGAAAAGCCAAUGUCUUUCAACUAUUUUCAUUUCUAGUGAGUAAAGGUCUCUCUCUCUCUUCCCCAAGGGAAGGAAAUUGUGUUUCAAGUGCUAAUUUACUUGUUCCCAAAUGGUUUAGUGAUGUAAUGAUGUGACUCAUGUUGACCCUCCAGUACCUAGCUUCGCAAUUUUCAACCUUGCGAGAUGGUUUGCUUUUUCUGUCUAUCACCAGAAAGAGUAGUGAACCACGUUACAAGAUAGUAAAAUGCUUGCAUAUAUCAUAUCAUCGAGCAAGAAAAAUGGUAUCCUUACAUUGAAGGUAUU